GAAUCUCUCUCUCUAAUUUAGAACGGGUGCAUGACUCUCUCUCUCAAACCAGCAACUGGCAUGUUAGGCGAUUACGGGCGUGAUUAAAAAGCGGGCAGAAAUAUAUAAAAUAAAAUAAGGGUACAUAUAAAAAAUUGACUGUAAGGGAAUAUAUAGCCAUUAUCCUCUUCUUUGAAGGAGAAGAAGAACAAGAAGAGGGUAUUAGGGCUUAUUAGCGCCUGUUGAUCGCCAUAACGUUCAUGGUUGAUCCUCUGGUGAAGCAUUUUCCGAUCUGUUUCUGAACUGAAAUCAAGCCACUGAAGAAGGAUCUUUAGCCUAAUAUGCAGCAUUCGUGCCUCCCCUCUUCCUGGUUUGCCAAUAAGAAGCUUUCCUCUGGAAGUCUUGUGUCAAUGUUUGGUUUUUCCUUGGCCAUGAGAGGUUUCACACCUGGGCGAUUAAGGGAUAGAGUGAAUGGAAGCAUUCCCAUGUCGUGAUGGUACCCAAAUAAUGUUUAAUUAUUGAUCAGGCCUGAUCAUUUGAGGAAUUUCUUCGAUGGUUUACUUGCAUUUGUCUUGUUAAGCUUUAUUCGUUUUGCAUUAGUUAGUCUCAGAUCUUAAGUAAUUCUAUCUUUUUAUUUACUUGAAAUGGGAUUGGGGUGAGAAAGUUUCCUGCUUUAUGGCAUCAUUUAUUUGGUAAUAUGCAAUGUGACAAUCAUAAUAGUCCCAAUAUACUGAUUUAAGAUUUAUAUUGAUCAUCUCACUCCCAUAAGCAUAUUAUACAUAAGGAAAGAAAUUAGCGUAAGGGAGUUUCUAAAAGAUGGGCUUGCCUAGAGCAUGUUCUGAUGAAAAAUCUGAUGAAGUUGUGAUACCAUCACAGUAUGGAGGUAUAAGUACCUGCGAUUUGGAUGGAUUGAAUCAAAGACAUAAUGAUGAUAGGAUGGUGGGGUUAUUUGGGCAAAGUCAAGGUUUUCCCUGCUCUUCAUUUGGAGACUUUCCAAGAAAACCCACUUUAGAAUUACCAAAAGGAACAGACGGGUUUGCUGUAUCCAAGAGCUCUUUUAUUGGUGCUCCCCACAUGGUUGGGAGGAAAGUGGGACUUAAAGGGAAGCAAAGUAUCCAAUUGCCCGCUUCAAGAAUCGUGGGUUUUGACAAUAGGGGAUCAGACAGAAGCUUCCUCAAUAAAACAAAUUGCUCUUCGGCAAAUGGGAACUCAGAUAAUUUAUCCAAUUUAUUUGGUUCACAAGUCAGGAAACGAAUGUUGUCCCCUCUCAAUGCUAUGUUAUCAAGUCCGGAUACUUUUGAGGGUGAUAAGUUAGACAUUAUUGGAGCGGAAACAUUAAAAACACCUGAUAGGAAGUUCAUCAGUAGCUUGAGCCAGGAUUGUAAGAAGGCCAAUCUUAGCAAUGGAGUUAACCAUCCCAACACCCCACUUUGGUCAACACUUAGAGAUCACAAAUGGAACCUCACAUGCGAUAACAAUACAAGUAGAUCCUCACUUCUCUUCACUGAUGGUCCUUUGCUUGAAACUAAGAGUGUCACAAUCUCUAAUUAUCAGGAGGAAAUCAAGGUAAGUUCAAGGAAUGGGGCAAUGGCUAUAUCUUGCAGCCAGGCUGCCUCGCCUCCUCUCUCUCUAUCUCCUCUUGGUCCUAAAUGGUCUGAGAGACUGAAAAUUGCAGGCCAGGUUUAUAAAGAUGUUGCUGAUGUAAUAGAGGAUGAUUAUCUAACGUCAAAGAGCCUUGAUGGUUCAGUCGAUGGAAGGCUCUUGGACAGUUUAUUUAUCCCUGAUGAUGAGUUUGGGGUUACAAGAAAAUCAUUUCAGGAAUUUGGCAUAUUGCAGAAGGAUUCAUGUCCUACUCCUGAAAAUUGUGCUCGGGUUAGCAGGCAUUGGGGCCAUGAAUCUGAGUCUUCACCUCAAACAUGUGGAAAAUUGGGUAGGAGUUUCAGUGUGCUUCCUGUUCGGAGGUCUUUGGUUGGUUCCUUCGAGGAAUCUCUCUUGUCUGGUCGAUUCUCUUCCAGUAAAGCUCGUCAGAGAAUAGAUGGGUUUCUUGCGAUUCUGAAUGUAACUGGAGGGAGCUUUUCUCCCCCAUCUCAGAAGCUUCCAUUUUCAGUGACUAGCGUGGAUGGUGACAGCUACUUGUUAUAUUAUGCAUCGAUAGACCUUGCAGGGAAUCUUUCAGCAAACAACUGUAGAGGCCCAAAGCUGAAGAGAAGUCUUAGCAAUGAAGAUUCUAGAUCAAACAAGAGUCAUUUGCGAAUUCCCAUGAAAGGGCGAAUACAGCUGGUCCUUAGCAAUCCAGAAAUGACUCCUCUCCACACCUUUUUCUGUAACUAUGAUUUGAGUGACAUGCCAGCCGGUACCAAGACAUUUAUGCGUCAAAAGGGCACAAUUGCCUCAACAAGUUCACCCUCGUUGAUGGUUAAAGAACGGAAUCGGAGUAUGGAUGGUAAAAACAUUGCAAUGGCUUCUUCAGCUCCAGUGAGUUCCCCUAUAGAACCUGGCAGGGGAAUCAGCAAUUCGAACAGUGUUCAUGUGCACCAGAGUUGUCAACGUGUGGGGAAUGAAAACUCUAAUUUCAGCGGGUCUUUAUAUUCAGCUGAUGCUCCACAAUUUGACAUUACUGACCUGGCAGAAAGUAAAAGAGAUGCAAACCCAGUACUCCAUAUACCGAGCAAUGGUAUGGAGGGGCUAAAUGGAUUUGGUCCCUCUGCGGUUGCGGAAAAUGUAAAUAGUAAACCCCCAAUAAAGGGUGAUACUCAAAUGGACAUAUGCCAUGAACCUGACAGGAGAAUUGUACAUAGUUCCUCAAGGGUCAAUGAUAAUACUACUGUGUCUGGUGUUCUUCGAUAUGCCCUCCAUCUUCGUUUCCUUUGCCCUAAGAUGAAAAAGUGUUUGAGAUCAGUGCAGAGAUGCAAGCCCAGUCCUUUCUCAUCUGAGCCCCUUAUAAAUGGUUUGGAUAGUGAAGUUGAACGGAGGUUCUACUUGUACAACGAUUUGAGGGUUGUGUUUCCUCAGCGUCAUUCGGAUGCUGAUGAGGGCAAGUUACAUGUGGAACACCAUUUUCCAGCAGACCCAAAGUACUUCGACAUCAGUAAUUGAUGGCGAGCUCAGCUCGAAUACCUGAUGAAAGUUGAUUGUACAUAGAGAUGGCUUAUCUUGCUUGGAAAGGGCAUCUCACUUCCCCUGUAAAUUGAGUCCAUUGGAAAUUUAGUGAUUAUAACCCUCCAUUCAUGGGCAAGCAAAGCACUUCCCAUUGGAGGCAACUCUGCUGUGGCCAUUGUAUCUUCGUAAAUUAAAGUCACAAUCCCAUCAUCUUCUAUCCAA